UUUCCUAAAACGUCACAACUUACAAAUGUCAUAUUAAUCAAUAAAUUUUAAAAUAUAUUUUGAGUAGUAUAUGCACACACACUUUUUAUUUAAAUAAAAUGUCGGAUUUCUAUGUCAAAGAUGUAACCCUCCAAGAAAAUAUUCCAACUACAAUACUUUUUGAUAAACAUAUAGAUUUUAUUAAAGAAUAUGGUCAAAAAGAAAGUAGCUAUGACUAUGGUAUGACUGAUUAUUUAAGAGUUUCGGGUAUGUAUUGGGGUUUAACAGCUUUGGAAUUUAUGCAUGCUCGACCCCCUAAUAAAAAAGAGAUUUCGGAAUAUAUAAAAAAAUGUCAAGACCCAGAAAGUGGUGGAAUAAGCGCUUGUAUUAAUCAUGAUCCCCACAUACUACACACUCUUAGUGCAGUGCAGAUACUUUGCAUUUAUAAUAAUCUUAAAGCUAUUGAUGUAGAUGGUGUAGUAAAAUAUAUAGCAAGUCUCCAAUUACCGGAUGGUAGUUUCUCAGGAGACAAGUGGGGGGAAGUAGAUACUCGGUUCUCAUUUUGUGCAGUUGCUACUUUAUCACUACUAAAUAGAAUGGAUGCAAUUGAUAUUGACAAAGCAGUUGAGUUUGUGUUAUCUUGUAAAAACUUUGAUGGUGGUUUUGGAUCUAGACCACUCUCAGAAAGUCAUGCAGGUCUUAUUUACUGUUGUAUUGGAUUUUUAUCGAUAACUAACAGGUUGGAUGCUGUAGAUAGAGAUACCCUGGCAUGGUGGUUGUGUGAAAGGCAAUUACCAUCUGGUGGUUUGAAUGGAAGACCUGAGAAAUUACCAGAUGUUUGUUAUUCGUGGUGGGUAUUAUCAUCACUAACUAUUCUAGGAAGGCUUUGUUGGAUAAAUGCAUCAUCAUUGAAAAACUUUAUUCUGGCUUGUCAAGAUACUGAAACUGGAGGAUUUGCAGAUAGACCUGGGGAUGUUCCAGAUCCUUUCCAUACAAUAUUUGGAUUAGCUGCAUUAUCACUUUUAGGACAUGAUUCUGUGAAACAAGUUAACCCUACUUAUUGUAUGCCACAAGAAGUUAUUGAUAGGCUACAGUUGAAACCUCAAAAAUUAUGAGUUUUACAGCACACAGUAUUGUUUGAAAGUAAAUUUCAAGCAUUGCUUAUGUUAUAAUAAGAUCAAAAUCGUGUUUUUAUUAAUUUAAAGGACAUACCAAAAAUAAGUUUAAUACUACAAAAUUACAUGGAACUGAAUGAUUUCUGACAUUUUAACUACUAAACCAUAUAUGAAUAUAUUUUUGAAAAUGCCUAUUAUAGAUUUCAAUUACAAUAAUAAAGUUAAAAAAAAUAGAAGAAAA